CUGAACGCGGAUACCCCACCCCACACGCAUAUUCCUUCCCUUCCAAGUGGAAAGGAAAGGAAGAAAGAACGAAAGAAAAUACUUGGCACUGAAACACUCGCUUUUCGGUUUCAUUUCAUUAAUUAAAGAAAACGAAUAACCGACACAUUUCAUAUCUGUGAAAUUGAAAUCCAAUCAAUCAAGUAAUGAGUUCAGGAAGCAGUAACAGCAAAGAAAAAGAAAAAGCACGAGUGAGUCGAACCUCACUCAUACUAUGGCACGCUCAUCAAAACGACGCCGCUGCUGUUCGUAAACUUCUUCAAGAAGAUCCUUCUCUCGUUAACGCUACUGAUUACGAUAACCGUACUCCUCUUCACGUCGCUUCUCUUCACGGUUGGAUCGACGUUGCCAAUUGCUUGCUUGAAUUCGGCGCUGAUGUCAACGCUCAAGAUCGCUGGAAAAACACCCCUUUGGCGGAUGCGGAAGGAUCUAAGAAGAGUAACGUGAUUGAGUUGUUGAAAUCGAAAGGAGGAUUGUCUUAUGGACAAACGGGAAGUCAUUUUGAACCGAGGGCGGUUCCGCCCCCGUUGCCUAAUAAGUGUGAUUGGGAAAUUGAUCCUUCUGAACUUGAUUUCUCAAGUUCUGCGCGCAUUGGAAAGGGAUCUUUCGGUGAGAUUUUGAAAGCCCAUUGGCGCGGAACGCCAGUUGCUGUCAAGCGCAUUCUUCCAUCCCUUUCAGAAGAUAGAAUGGUGAUUCAGGACUUUAGGCAUGAGGUCAAUUUGUUGGUGAAGCUUCGACACCCAAAUAUAGUUCAGUUUCUUGGAGCUGUUACCGACAGGAAGCCCCUCAUGUUAAUUACUGAGUAUCUUAGAGGGGGUGAUCUCCACCAGUACCUCAAAGAUAAAGGUUCACUUAGCCCUGCAACAGCUAUUAACUUUUCCAUGGAUAUUGCCAGAGGAAUGGCCUAUCUUCACAAUGAACCAAAUGUUAUAAUUCAUAGAGACCUAAAGCCAAGGAAUGUUCUUUUAGUCAACUCUAGUGCUGACCAUUUAAAAGUUGGAGAUUUUGGAUUGAGUAAGCUUAUCACUGUCCAGAGUUCUCAUGAUGUAUACAAGAUGACCGGUGAAACUGGGAGCUAUCGCUAUAUGGCUCCGGAAGUUUUCAAACAUCGGAGGUAUGAGAAAAAGGUCGACGUGUACUCCUUUGCAAUGAUUUUGUAUGAGAUGCUUGAAGGUGAACCACCUUUUGCAAGUUAUGAACCUUAUGAUGGAGCAAAACACGCCGCUGAAGGGCACAGGCCUCCUUUUCGAGCUAAGGGUUAUAUCCCUGAAUUGCAGGAGUUAACGCAGCAAUGUUGGGCUGCUGAUAUGAAUCAAAGACCUCAUUUCAUAGAGAUCCUUAAGCGGCUUGAAAAGAUCAAGGAAAAUCUACCAACAGAUCAUCACUGGCACUUGUUUGCUUCAUAAAUGUUUAUGAGCAUGAUAUGUUCAGAAAUUCAAAUGAUUUAUUUGCCAUUACCAUUGCUGCCGGAUUUAUGGAUUGAUAAAGCUUAACUGGAAAUCCAGCAUAGUCGAUACUUGUUUGUGACUAUUAGGAUAGAUGACCAGAACAGGUGAUGUUCAUUGCUUUUCUCUGGUUUCUUUGUUCCAAUUCUACUUCCUCAUUAAAGCAUGCGUCCCAUCCAAGUGAACAUACGAUACGAAGUUGUUGCACGAGUUCAAUAUGUUUUAAGUGUACAAACAAAUUGAAGUAGGCCAAUCGUACAGUCUGCUGUGUUGUGUUUUCAUCUUUUUUGUUAAAAUAAUAAUAGUUUUCAUUCUUGUAUUAUGUUUUUUUUCUUAUUCCUGUGGUAUAGAUGCUACCAGUUGUUGA